CAUAUAAAAUUGUCCGUAAAAAUGUCAAAUUUACGUUACAACAUGAUCUCAAAUGUUAUAUUCGAAGUUGAUGGGGUAUUGUUAGACACAAAAGAAAUUAAUAAUUCAGUAAUACGAACUAUUACAAAAAAAAGAUAUCGUCCCAUAGUAUCUGAGAAGCUACCAGAGUUAUUUGGUCUUACGGAGACGGAGACCAUACAAAUGGCAAUUGAUGCUACUGGAAUUAAUCAAACAUCAUUUGAAGCACUAUUGUAUGAUUAUCGCGAGCAUUGUCGAAUGCAAAUGCCGAGAUGUGAAAAAUUGCCUGGCGUUUCUAGAUUGAUAAACCAUUUAUAUUCUCAGAAUAUUCCAAUUGCAAUAGCUACUACAAAUACAUUUCACUCUCUGCGUGAUAAGAGUACUAAUCACCGUGAUAUAUUUGAUUUAUUCCAUCACAUAGUUUAUGCCCCCGAUGAUUAUGAUGUUAAAUCUAAGAAAAAAAGUAGAGAAUUGUUUGAAGUAUGUGCAAAAAGAUUUCUCGGAUCACCUUCGCACAGCAGGUGUUUGGUAUUUGAGAGUACCCAAAGAGGUGUGUUAGAAGCUAUAAAUACUGGAAUGCAAGUAAUAUGGGUAACACCAUCAAAUUCUGCAGAACCACAAAUGGUGCAAAAACCAACAUCUUCAAUUAGAUCUUUAGAAUGUUUCCAACCACAACAUUUUGGUUUACCUCCAUAUUGUUCCUGCGAUGUUAAGAAAUAA